GGAAUCUGUUCAGGGCAUGCCUAGCUUUCACGCAAUAGAAUAUUACGAAGAGGUUAUUGGACAUUGGUCCAGGUACUCUAGGAAGUUCCCGACCUCUAAACCUCACCCUGUCAUGGCCCUCGACCAUGCAUCAAUUGACUAUGUUCCACGGCGAAUCGAAUUGGUGGACACGUUCAAGCCUCACAUUCAAACAGCUGAGUUGGUCCGGGUCAAUGCCCACGGCAAAGACUACUUGCGGCUCAGGUUGACGGGUCGUCAUUUGUUUGAGUUCAUCAUUGAAAAGUGCACAUUCAACUUCGGAUAUCCGUUUGCCACGAAUCCUGACAAGUUCACUUGCAAGAAAGUAUACCAAACUGACGGAAUAGAGACUCUGAUCAUUGAAGAGGAAUUCAAUGAAGACCUAAAAAUUUCCGACCUUGGUACAGUUAUCAGAUUGGUGUCCAAGUUUGGCGAAUGCGAAUAUUUGUUAGGAAUUUCAAACAUUCGAAACGUGAAGAUCCCCACCAUGAACGAAACACUCUCCAAUCACGAAUCUUCGGCAAUCUUGGUCAAAAGAGCUAUUCAAAGAGGUAUGGCAGUGGCUCAUCUGACUCGCAUUCACAGACCCGGAAAGCGCUCUUGGAAACCAAUCAACGAGAAGAUCAUCAAGGAAGUCAUGUGUCUGGGGAUGAUUGCCUUGAGUCCAUCUGAUAAUGAAGUGCUAAACAACGUAUUUCAUGACACCAGCAGUCGCAAUCAGUUCAUCUUGAGCAAUGAACAAGAAUUCAAUAAGAUUCAAGGCAUCUGCAACGAGAUUCAGGCAUUCCUGAGAAGUCCACUAGAAUUAACGGCCGAAAAAACUGUGCUCCAGAAAAUCGGAAUUGGCGUGGCUGCUCUGUUAGGAGGUGUGGCGUUAGCUUAUGCGGCGGGUCCCGGUAUGGUGAUCAUUGGGAUGAUGGAGGCCACUUCCAUGUCUGCGGCCGGACUGGCCGGUUCUUUUGGAUUUUUUAGCACUGGUUUCAUGACAAACUAUUUCUUUACCAGUAGCCCCGUGGACCAAAACUACGAGAUCGUUUUGUCCUGGUUGACCUUGGAGUUGAUGGAAAAGUGUCAAAAUCAAGCGAAUGGAACUAGAGAUCCGCAGGCACUACAAACGCUUCAAGAAGUAUCCGAUUUGAGGGAAGAUGGCAGUUUAUUUAAUCUCGAAAAAGCCCUGCUUUUAAUGUACAAACCUGAAAUUGGCAUCGGCAAUUUCGUUGGCUGUGACAUUGGCAAUUGUACCAUUGAUUCGCAAAACCUGGUGAUCAAACGGAUUGAAUGCAUUCGAGCCAUUCAUGCGAUUCGAAGCCUCAUGGCCGAGCAAUGCUACAUUGGAAUAGUGGGUAUGCAAGACGCGGGGAAAACUACCCUCAUCAACAAAAUUUGGGGAGUGGGAGAACGAACUGGAAAUUUCAGGCACACAAUGGUCCCGGUGAUCUACGAAGUCCACAAGAAGGUCUCGGUGGUCGAUUUCCCUGGGAGUACUAGCUUGGAUUACCAUGCCAAGACCUUCUCGAUUUGCGGUGCCAUGAACAACCUGAUUUUGGUGAUCGUUCCGUACACGGGUGAUAUCAAUCAAGGAAUUGCCCGAGAAAUCAGUCAAGUAUUCUCGAUAAUGGCUGGAAGUGAGUCUUCCCAAGUUUUGUUAUGCAUCAACAAAUCCGGAUUUGAAUUACCUAGGGCACUCAAGGAAGAAAUGAACGAACUCGAAAAUCCUUUGCUUACUUUGAAAAAUCGAUUUGCUUCCACGUUAAACCAAUACUUCGUGGGUCUUGAGAGUAACUUCAAGGUCUCUGAAGAAAACAUCCUAUUCACUGAUUGGAUGGUGGGUGACACUCCAGAGAUGAAGGAAUUAGGCAUUGUUGGAGUGGAUGGAAUCAAGAACGAGAUCGGAAAGUACCUGAUUCGGCGGAACAUUUUUCAUGAAGAUCACAACAACGACCUUGAGACUUGCUUUUCUAAAAAUGAAUUCCGAAACACACAAUGAUUAAAGUCUCAAUACACAUAUGCUAUACAAA